AGGAAGAAUUCUUCGGUCGGUAAAGCCGACUUGACACGCAGGAAAAAGGGUGCGCGAAAAGCAGGAAGUACCAAUGUGGAGCAAAUUCCAGUGACCGUAGCAGUGUAACGAAACUAAGAAGGGUAAAAAAAGGCGCGAGAAGAAAGAGCGCACGGCGACAAGUCAGAGUUGGUGUGUCUUCCUCUCCCUUUCGCUCUCUUUCUCUGCCUAAAAGUUGACCUCGAGUUUCAAGGGUAGAGAAGGGUUUGCAGUCGUUUGCCCCUCUACCUUACCGGGGACUACGAGCCAUGGCUCUCGAAUUCUCUACGAACGGAAGAGAGAAAGCGACGUUGCCUUGAUGUCAGUAGUGGUAGACUCCCGCCAUCCCCACCAUGGUUGAAAUGUAGUUCGAUUGGUCGGUGUACUCGGGUUUUCCUUUGUGAGCGGGCGGGUGAAAGCGUGGCUUGGCAACGCUGCAUGAGUUCGCCGGCGUCCGCUGGAAGGAAGGCUAAGCUCGUGCGCGUGGAAAAAAGAUAGAGAAACGUGGAGAAAGAGACAAACAGACAAGUAGUGAGUGAGACUUCGGAUCGGAGUGGAAGGGGACUAGAUUGGAGAAAGAGAAAGAGAGAAUAUACAAGCGUCCAUCCAGCCCGUCCUCGCCAGGUUCGCCCUCUGUGUGUGCGGCAUCGCGUGUAGAGUCGGUGGCGAGAGAAGCAAUCCGCGCGUAAGCUUCUCCAUGUGAAAAAGCUAUUACGCGUUCUACUACCACUGUGCAAUUGCCAGCGUCGGUGUGUAUAUACACGUAAAAGAAGCAUUGCGUCUCUACGCGAGCGUGGUGUCGCAUAGAGCGUAAUUAGCACCGUGUGUAUGAGCAAGUAAAGAAGAGACGUCACGUUUUCAAGGAAGAAAAGGGCAAUAUACGUAUUUUUUACGUAACGAAAUGAUAGUGUAGGCAUAAAUGAAUGAAGAUAUAUAUUUAUACUUAACACUUAUCGGUGUCUACGAAAAGAAACAUUGUGUCUCUCGAAUGAAAGGUUCCAUGAGUAUUUAGGGGAGGGAAGAAAAGAGAAAGAGAACGGAGAGCAGAGACAGAGAAAGAGGGAGAAAAAGAGAGACGGAUAGACGCACUGUAUCUGUCGAUGGUGGGGAGACAGAGGGAAAAAGAAAGAGCUAGAAGGGGAGAGAGAGCGCCCUCCCCUACCCACCCGCCCGCUCUCCUCCUCUACCCGCCAUACCUACUCACGGAGCUAACGAACGGUUGAGCGUAGCGUCGAGUAGACCGCAUCCCAAGUAUAACGUACGUAUUCACGAGGACCUCCUCUAUACAUCGUGGAAAAAGCGUGUAUGAAGCCGCCUGUGCUACCAGGAGUACUAGUAGUGAUCGUGUAGUGCGCCGGCUGGACAAGAGAAACGUGGUGUGACAGUGAGAGCACGGUAGCGCGUGCGGUGCGUGUCGCGAUACACGACGGUCACAAACAGGACUCCAUACGAAUGUGAGGGUGCGUGUACGUAUGUGUAUGUCUGUGGACACCUUCUCGUAAGAGCAAGCGAGCGAGUGCGUGCGCGCGCGCGCAGCGUUCGCGUGCGUAUGUGUGCAUGUUCUGUAUGAGGGAGACAGAGGAGCGUAUGUGUGGUGCGUGAGUGCGUGUCGUGUAAUUUCUUCGUGCAUCCUUCUUUUCCUUGUUGGUGGUACCGCUUGGUAAACGAGGCCGAAGUGACAGACAGAGCAUCCGCGUGUACGAUAUGUCGGAACACCACCGCGUUGCCGGUGGCUGGGGCACAGCGAGCCCAGGAAGCCGCGAGGAUGCCUCCGGUGGUACCGCCUGGUGGCCUUCGGGUUUAAACACUGUAUCAGCCGAACAACAACAGCAACAACAGCAGCAACAGCAACAACAACAAAAUUUACAUCAACAUCUGAUGAAUCAACAACAGCAGCAGUUAACGCAACAGCAGCAAGCACAGCAACAGCAUCAUCAGGAUAUCGUUAGGAGUACCGCUGCGGCUACCCAGCAGCUUUUCUCCUACAAGAUGGCCUCCAGCUUUCAGAACCCAGCCGCCACGGGCACACAGUCGAAUCCCGUCUCGACAUCUACGCCGGUUGGCUCCUGCAUGAGGGGAGGCUAUGAUUAUAGAUUAGGAACGGGGCCCGGAACAGGCGGAGGUGUACCUGGUACACCUUCCGCACCACCGCCUGGCGUACAGUGGUGGUACCCAGGUGGAGUUAUGGACGCCGGACAGAACAACCUGCAUCAGCAAUUGCAGGGCCAACAACAGCAGCAGCACCUCUCGCCCAUUACCACACAAACGUCCACGCCCCCCGUUAUGUCCCCGCACCAGAUACAACAGUUAUCGCAGCAAAAUAAUCUUCAGCAAAAUAACGCUCAGAGUUUACAACAGCGAGACAAUAUGCCGAGAGGAAAAGAUUCAAAGCCAAGGGGACGGAUGACUGCAUAUGCGUUCUUCGUACAAACGUGUCGACAGGAACAUAAAAAGAAACACCCCGAGGAAAAGAUUGUCUUUCGGGAAUUUUCUAAAAAGUGUGCAAUGAGGUGGAAGACUAUGUCAGAUAAAGAAAAGAAACGUUUUCAUGAAAUGGCAGAAAAAGAUAAAAAAAGAUAUGAUGCAGAGAUGCAAAAUUAUACACCACCAAAAGGAGAAAGUAAAGGCAGAGGCAAAAAGCGCAAACACAUCAAAGAUCAUAAUGCUCCUAAAAGAUCACUAUCUGCAUUUUUCUGGUUCUGUAAUGAUGAACGUGGAAAAGUAAAAAUGCUAAAUCCUGAAUUUGGUGUAGGUGAUAUCGCUAAGGAACUUGGUAAAAAGUGGUCAGAUGCAGAUCCUGAAACCAAAUCUAAAUAUGAGGCUAUGGCAGAAAAGGAUAAGGCUCGAUAUGAAAGAGAAAUGACUGCGUACAAAAAGAAAAUGAAAGAUGGUGCACCUGUAGUAGGAGUUCCAGCAAAUACUGUAAAAAGUGACAGUGAAGAAGAGUAUAAAGAAGAUGAUGAAUAGCGGAUGCACGACAAAAUUUCAUCUAUCACCCCGUGUCCUUGAUCCUGAAAGCAUACCUCACCUACUGUACGUACCAUUGAUCUUAGCGUGAGCGUACUUACACCACUAGGAAAACAAAUAACUAAUCACCAGUCCCUGAUUAUUUACAAUAAUAAUUAAAUACCCGCGAUUAUAAUAAUUAUUUUAAAAUUGUAUGUAUGACAGAUGUGAGAGAAGAUCGUAUGAAUGAUAUUUGUAUUUUAACAUAUUGAUAGUAACAUGUAAAAUGGCGUAGGAUAGCAGAAUGAAAAGAUAUGGUGCCCACUUUCUAUCAGGUGGAAGGCGCAGGGGCUCAAUCAUUGUUGACAUUGUGUCCAAACUAUGUUAAAAAUUGACUUUAUUAGUUAUAAGGAUACGGCGGCUCCAUAGUUGGGCGGUAUCAUUCGUUCAUGGCGAAAACAGUUCGAUUUUAUCAGUUCAGUUCAUUCGCUGCCAGUGUAAGAAGACUUAUUGUAUAUCCUUGUACAGAAGAUUUCUUUAAAUCAAAUAUGUCGCAGGUGGGGCAUGGGGCUGCUUUGUAUGAAUGUAAUUGAUUUAACUAUGUGUCGUAUAGUUGUAAGUAUUAGGAUAAGUAUAUAUUUUAUGCAACUUCGAUUCUACAUCUGCGUCAAUAUGUGAUAGUUUCAACAAACAAUGUAUUCUAAACCAUGAGAUUGAGCCUUAUAGCUUAUAAGUAAUUGAAAUCGAAACAAAAUAUCUAAUUCACAACUUUAUGAAAUCAAAAUUGGGACGAUAACCCAGCCAUGGAGCAGUGGUAUUGUAAAGUACUAUUGUAAAAGAUAUAAAGUGUGAAUAACUUCUAUUCGCAAGAAAGUGGAGCAUAAAAACAAUUCAAUUUAUUUUAUAUAAUUGAUGAAAAACUUUGCUUUUAUGUUAUCUUAGUCAUAUAAUUUCAAUUUUUUUAUAAUCAUAUGAAAUAAUGAAUUUUUGUUCUUAUCGAAAUUAAUGACAGUCGUUAAAGACAAACUAAAAUAGAAUUUUGAGUUUUAACAAAUUGAAGUAGUCCCUGCCCUUACCAUCGUCAUUCUCCCUCUCAUAUUCAUUUUCCAAUAAAAUAAAUACGUUAAAAAUCCUUUCAGAAUCGUGUGAUUCCGUUCAUCAUUUAAGAAAGUAAGAAAUAAGGCGUGUCUUGUAUUGCCUCGAGUCAUCUGGUGUACAGCAGGCUGUAUUAUAAUAAAUUAUUGUGGUUUCUUGUAAUAUUAACAUUCCUAGAUCCUAGUAUGUACAGAACUUAAUCAUUGAGAUUAGAGUCAACUGUGUAAAAAGCAUACCAAAAAAAAAAAAAAAAAAA